AUCUCAGCAAUCAAUACCCCAACUAAGCAAUGAGGAAAUGGAAAUGAUUUGUUGUCUGGAAGAAGCCAAAACCUCUGUUGAUGUGAACAAGAUCAAUCAACCUGCUUCUUCUUUGACUAACACUUUCGGGAAGAAUCUCGGAUCACAGCAAUCAACUCCUCAUCUCAGCGAUGAGGAAUUCGAAAGGAUUUUGUGUGUGGAGAAAGCCAAAAUUUUUGCCGAAUCGAACAAAAUAAAACAAUCUGAUUAUUCAUUUUCUGACAUCUUGGGAAAAACUUCAGAACCUCAGCCAUCACCACAACAAAACAGCAAUGAGGAAUUGGAAAUAAUUGUGCGUCUGGCAGAAGCUAAAAUCUUCGCUGACUCGAACAAGAUCUGUCAGCCUGAUUCUUCCUUGUCUAACAACUUCGGAAUGGGAAUCGAAUCACAGGAACUCAGCGAAAAGGUUUUGUGUUCGGAAAAAGCCUCUGCCGAAACGAAUAAAAUGUACCAAUAUGAUUAUUCAUUGUCUGAUGACAUCUUUGGAAUGAGUUUAGCACCUCAGCAAUCGACACCCCAACUCUGCAAUGAGGAAUUGGAAAUGAUGUGGCGUCUGGAUGAAACCGGAAUCUUUUCUGAAUCUAACAUAUCCGGAAAUAGUUUCGAAUCACAGGAAUCAGCUCCCCAACUCAGCGAUGAGGAAUUCGAAAGAAUUUUGUGUGUGGAGAAAGCCAAAGUCUCUGCCGAAGGGAACAGAAUGAAUCAAUCUGAUUAUUCAUUGUUUGACAUCUUCGGAACUUUAGAACUUCAGCCAUCACCACAACAACUCAGCAAUGAGGAAAUGGAAAUGAUUUUGCGUCUGGAAGAAACCAAAAGCUUUGCUGAAUCGAACAAUAUCAAUCAACCUGAUUUUUCCUUGUUUAAUAAACAUGGAGUGAGUUUCGAAUCAGAGCAAUCAUUUUCCCAACACUGCGAAAAGGUUUUGUGUUCGGAAAAAGCCAAAGUCUCUUCCGCAUCGAACAACUUCGACAACUUCGGAAUGAUUCAUGGUCAACUCACUGAUGUCGAAUUUGAAAGGAUUUUGGGAUUGGGUGAAUCAAAUGUCUCUGCCGAAUCGACCACGCAGAUAAAUCGAUCUCAUUCCGACCAAUAUAUGACAGAUUGGAAUUCGCAGGAGCCAAUAAAAAUAGAUGAUAUGUUUAAUGGACAUAGUUCCCAUCAAGCACCGGACACUCAACUCCAAAAUUCGAUUAUUUCACCAGAUUCGGGCAUCUGUGAUGAAGGAUUAGCGGAAUCCGAUUCAUCUUCAUCAACUCCACCUACCUAUUCCCAAAUUUUCAAAGUAAAAGAUCAUAAAGAUCAAUGUUUACAACAGAAGGAAUGUUACCGAACAUCGGUACCCAAGUCCACACCCUACGUCUUCAAUACAAAAACAAUUCGGGUUUAUGGAAAAAUCGCAAUUACGAAAUAGUUGAAAGUGUGAGACCAACAAGUAUGAUACCAAAAAGUGACGUCAUCAAGCCAAAAGUGAGAAUAAGACAAGGUGUCCGGAAACUGCAAAAACAGAAGGUAAGUUUUGUACUAUUAUUAGGUAUGAAUUCAAUUAUUAUUCUUAUUCGUGUGUUUCUGCUUACUAGGGCUGACUAGACUUGACUGUUUUGUAUGAGCAGGUGAUUUUAAGGGAACAGUUUAUUUCAUUCUUCUUUAAAUUCUGC